AUGCUUGAUCACUAUAAGUACAAUGUAAAAAACAGUUAUUGGCACCUUACUGUAAUCUUCGACUACUCCACAUUAUUAUUAAUGCCACGAACAUACACAAAAAAAGGCCAAGGGCCUCGUUAUUCCACCGAUGAUUUUGAAGCUGCUCUUAGAGAAAUUUCCAAUGGUAUUGAUAUCCGUGCUGUCGGCAGAAAAUACAAUACACCUUUAUCGACUUUACAACUUCAUAACGCAUCACAAGCCGCCCAUCUUGGUGCCGGACGUUCAACACAUUUUACCGACAUUGAAGAGGAUUAUUUAGUCAAUGCUGUAACUGUUUUACAAGGAUGGAACGAACCCAUAACACCGAAAGAAUUAGUUAAAAUUGCUACAUAUUAUGCAGAGGAACUUGGAAAAUAUAAAACAUUUAAAAAUGGACAACCCACGAUGGAAUGCGCAAGCGGUGUCAUAUUACUACCAUAUACAAUUUACAAAGCAAAAAAAUUAUAUGGGAAUUGGUGUCUUAACGGCCAUACUGGCGCCGGUUAUAAUACGAGUGCCAAUGGGUGGAUGGAAGAGAAUGUGUUUUAUGAAUGGUUUAAGAACAUGUUUCUUCCGCUAACCUCAACAACACCAAAACCAAUUUUGUUAAUACUGGAUGGACAUACCUCUCAUCGUAGUGUACGUACAACUGAAUUAGCAAUUAGCAAUGGUAUUGUUUUGUUAUGUAUUCCACCGCAUUCAAUUCCCAUUUUUCAACCUCUCGACGUUAUAUUUUUUAAACCAAUAAAACAAAAAUAUAAUUAUAUUACCCCAAAUGGGGUAAUUAUGGUCAAUCGAUAG